AUGUAUUUAGGAUGCGAGUAUGUCAUGGCUGUAGCGUCUCCAUUUUCAUUCCAUGAAGAAAUACAACCCAAGCGCGAUCUUGUCGAUCCGACAAUUGCCGCUUUGAUCCACCUGUUGGAGACAGCAGUGGCAACACCGUCAGUUAAACGUGUCAUUAUCACCGGAUCACAAGCGACCGUAUUCAACUAUGAUUACGGUCCAUCGAGAGAUUAUAUGUACACCGAAAAAGACUGGAAUCCGGUCACCUAUGAACAAGCAUGUAAUCCCCCUCAGGACAUCUAUUGCGGCCCUCUUAUCUAUGCCUACGCUGGAGGAAAGACACUGGCCGAAAAGGCUGCUUGGGAGUUCACUCGUAAUAAUGCACAAGAGAAAUUCGAUAUUGUAUGCAUUCUCCCUAGUUGGAUUUUCGAUCCCACCACAUGGCAACCGACGUCGUCCGCUGACUUUUCUGAGAGUAAUAAAAUUAUUUAUGGACUUUAUCAAGGUCAAGCUCCUCCGUCAGAUAUUUUUCCGCAUUGGGUAGAUGUUCGAGAUGUAGCUCGUGCGCAUGUACUAGCGAUUGAGAAGAGAAAUGCGGGGGGAUACAGAUUAAUUGUGAAUUCAGGACCAUUUCGAGUUCGAGAUGCAAUAGUUAGUCUGAAAAAGUUGGAAAGUAGGGUUGUUGAUCCCGAGCACGUGAAGAACUUGGAUAAGUGGUGUGGAAUGGAUAAUGGGAAAAGUGUGGAGCUGUUGGGGAUGAAGUAUAUUGGACUGGAUCAGUGUUUCACAGAUAUGGUCGAGCAGUUCAAAAAAAUGACGGCAUAG